AUGUCGCUACUAUACGAGGAGUACUUCGUAGAUGGAAAGCUCAUCAUGCCGGCGCCCCCUCCAGCCUACAUUGCUCCUGAGGAGAACGAGGGUCUCUCCGCUGAUCUGGUCGACUUCGAGCAUUUCCUCUUGGACGAAUUUGGAGAAAGGGCCUUGUACGAGCAUCUGCUCGAUAUCGCCGACGAGUUGCGACUGGAAGAAGAGGAGAGGAAGAAGCGAGAGAUGGAGGCGGCAGAGCUAGCCUCUGUGAUUUCCGACACUUCGUCUAGUUCGGAGUGCGGGCCCAAGCGCUCUCCGAGGAGCUCCCGGUCCAAAGCGAAGCCGUACACUAGACCGGCAUCUGAAGAGGCAGAGCACGAAGAUUUCGUCGAGUUCUUUACGAUCAACAAGAAAUACUACUACAAGAAACCGCUGGGUGAGAACGAAUACUACGUUCACUGCGUCGACUGGCACAACAACCCUCCGACCUGGGACAACGAGCCGAUACCCCCUAUGCCCAUCCAUGAGCUCGUGCCCUAUCUCCAGGAGAAAUACGGCAUUGCUCAGUCAUCACGAUGCAAGUUGAGCGGGUGCACGGAAUCGAGCCAUGGUAAGGGGUGGCUCAAGAACCACCUUCUAUCGUACUCCCACUUCAAGCUGCGUCGCAAAUGCCACAUCUGUGGCGUGACUGCUCGACCUGAUAUGUGGACCAUCAGGCACAGAAAUUGUCAACCGCGUCGCAGAAGACAUGGAGAGGCCCCUGACCUCCCUAUUCCCACGUAUACCUAUUAA